CGUGUGUGCGAGGGAUACCAUAUAGUUGGAAGGAGAAUACAAAUCGACGCGAACACACGCAUGUUUUAGCCAUGUACUUUAUACUCUGAGGGUCCAUGUCUGGAUCAACUGAUGCCCAUAAAGGGAGAUGUCACCAGUUUGAUGACCUGAAUUAGUUGUCCAAAAGACCGUUUGGGAGCUAUCUCCUUCUGGUUGGUUUCCAUGACGUCAGAUUCAUCGUUGAGAAUGCUGAGCCACCUGUUGCAGACUUGUCGGACGGAGCGGAGUUUGCUCCUGAUGACAUCACUUCUCCUUCUUAUGUAUUUUUUCAUCAUGGACAUAGUUCUGUACAUGACCCUGCAGAGUACAAAGUUGGUAGAUCAGGAGAAGACUAGCACAUACUCGCCUUUUCACCCACUGUCCGUGAAACUUCUGAUGACAGCACCCACUAAUCACUACGUCAUCAGCUUGACAACUGAGUACUUUGACGAGUACACUCAGUUAAGUAAAAUCUUUUACUUCAUCACACCUAACAUGAUCAGUGCUACACAUCUUGCCCUCGGGUUUCUGUCGGGCAAGUUUGUGGCGUCGGAGUCAUUACGUCGGCGUCGUAUCGGGGUUUUGAUUUUUGAACUUCGCCUUUGGUUGGAUGUUUAUGACGGUGUGGUUUAUAGGAGCCAUAAAGGAUUCCAUGGUUACCGUAGCAACAGGAGGAAUCUAGGAUUCGUAGUGGACACAGUGUGUGACACAACAAGUGGUAUAGCACUUUGUUUUGGUGUUCUGUUCUUUUUAUGGAAAUUCCAAGUGCAAAAGAAUCAGACCACCUCCCUGCCUUUUACAAAGUCCUCGGAGAAUGGCACAGCACUGUCAACAGACGUCGAGAAGCCAUACCAACAAAAAUAUCCAAGGAACCAUAUAUUUUAUAAAGUGUUGUGUUUUGGUCUGAUGUUAGCAUUAACAGGGAUGACUUUUGAUAAAACUACAGAGGCUUUUGGUAGAUUGUUUAAUACUAAAAUGGAGACAUCACUAGAAGAGGAUCAACAGACUGAAGCUCUCCACACAUUAACCACAUGGGUAGUGUUUUACUGUUGGAGAUUGAUAGAAGCUCAAGCCAUGCUGCAGUAUCUCCUCCUGGCCAUAUUUCUGGACAAGACAUGGGAGUUUAUUUGUUUCAUCCAGUACUCGGGAUAUGGGAUGUUGUUUCUAGUCAAUGUCAUGAGUCAACUACAAAUUCGAAACGUUCGACAUUUACUCAGGAUGGCAAGCACUGAUUAUGUAUAGCUGUGAUUUCUACAACUUCUUUUAUGACACACAGGCUGUAAACAGGUGAUGAGCAGCCCUAUAGAUCAUAACAUGUACAUACGUGUAUAUAUGAAGUUCUGCCAUUGUCUAUUUUUUUCACUGUGUACAUUGGGGUCGAUAGUCAUGACAUAGGGUGGUGAUUAUGACAUUGUCAUGUUUUCAUGAGAAGUCUCAUCAGAAGGUUACUUUCCUGUCCAUUACUGAAGUUAUUCCAUAGUUAUAUUUAAACUUUCAGUAACAGUGUAAAGGUUAGUAAUGAAAGAGAUAUAUUUUUGUGCUAGAUCACUGGAUUUGUAGAACUGAAAGUUAGUAAAGUCCUAAUAUUCAAUUAUGUUGUUGCCUAGACAAAUAUUAAAAAUACUUCAUUAAGGUAUAAAAUUACAACAAGGUCAACAGUAUAAUCAAAAUAUGAUUUAUUUAAAUCAACACAACACAAACUAAUAAUAUCACAAUAUAUUUGUUUGCUUAUCACAUUAAUUUCAUUGUUAUUUAUUUAUUUUUUUAAUUAGACAUGAGUUGCUGCCAGAAUAAGAAGCUAGUUAACUACUCCUGUUUGGUAUAGCAGUACUUACUGAGGUUCUGCAUAGCUACUGUAGAUUUAUCUGUGAUACAGAAGUAUACAAUUGGUUGUCAGAUAUUGUAUAGACACCACAUGGUACACGGUAAAUACAGGGUAUUAAAGCAGGAAAUACCAAUGCAUGGAAUGUUUUAUGUCAUUUAUUUCACAACAUGAUUUAAUUAAGUAAAUAUUGGUGUUUAUAUAUAGUGUAAUUAUGUAGCUGAUGUUUGUAACUGUAUAAUUUGGUAGUAAAUGGGGAAUUUACACCUAGUUACCACACUUAAUGUUAGUAAAAGUACAAAUUUGUAUUGUGAUUGUGAUAUUUUUAACUUCAGUAUUUAGUUCGUUACAUAAGCAUGCACGUGGAAAAGUUACAGCUGUAUGUAAUGUGUUAUUUUUUUUCUUCGUUUUUUUUGUUAAUAUGAAUUAUUUAUCUUUUUGAUAUAUUUUGUAUCAUAUGUAGAAUUACUGACCUCACAAACUGAUGAACACAAGCCUAUAUAUAGAUGUGACAUAUGAAUUUGACAUGUAAAUGUCAUGUUAUGAUCUAGGAUAAUGUAUUAUAUUAGACUAGAUACUGGUAUCCGAGACUGUGUAUUAUGGAUUAUGAUAGUCAGUGUCGUUCAUGUCAUUCAUGACACUGUAAUAUCCAAAACUGUGUACAGUGGAUUACAGAAGAAGCCGGUGUCAUUCAUGACACUGUAUUAUCCAAAACUGUGUACAGUGGAUUACAGAAGAAGCUGGUGUCAUUCAUGACACUGUAAUAUCCAAAACUGUGUACAGUGGAUUACAGAAGAAGCCGGUGUCAUUCAUGACACUGUAUUAUCCAAGACUGUAUAUAGUGUAUCACAGUAAUGACUUUAGGUAUUAGGAUUAUUUAUCAACUGUGUAAAAGACAGUUUUGUCUGUGGAAUCAGACCUCAAGUGGGCAAAGCUUUCAACUUAAAUUAUCUAUGUUUAUUGUGUAUCAAUUACUUCAUAGUAUAAUGUUAUUGGGUGUCUGUAACAUUACUGACAAAAUGUAGGUCUUUAUAUUGCUUACAAACUUUUUUGAGAAACGUAAGUCGGUAAUGUAUCAUUAAUUUCAAGGAGUGACAAACAAGCAUGGGAUAUUAUUGAGAAGCCUAAGUGUGUAAUAGCAUUGACUGCGUUUAUUUAUCUGUUCUGUAAACUAGGAAAACUUUUUAUCUUACCGCAAGUAUUCUUAUAUCCAGUAUACUGACAGGGUACAUGAUAAAUUUGCAUGGUUUUAUUUCUGUGAUGUUAAUUCGUUCAGUGAUGGUAUGAUAAUGCUCCACCAAUUUUUAUUAUCUUUGUAUUUUUUGUAUGGAAACUUGUAAAUCAAAUAUGACAUUAGUAAUAUAUUUCUAUUGAAGCUUUAAUAAUGUCAGUUCUUGCCAUUUUUGGUUAUUUUGUUUUGUAAUAAAUAUGAAUGUUGAGUAUUAUGUAGAAACCAUGUCUACCUGCCCUUUAUGUAAAGUAUGCAAUCGUUAUUACUAUGUUUUUUUUGUGCUGAGGUUUUUAUAUAAUUAUGAAGAAGCCAAGGUACUCAUCAAAGCUGACAGGUUAGCGAGCAUCCUUUAAAUUGUGCCUUUUGCCGUUUUAACUUAAGAUUUAUCAAAGCUGGAACUAGAUUCACUUGCUUGUCACUAAAGAGAGAAUUUUAAAUCAGUUUUCGUUAUUAAUUCUCAUAUUUUCAUAAAACUCAAGAUUGUCAGCCAGGACAAGAGAAGUUAUGGUUUGAUUGAAGGGAGAUAACUCUCACAAAUGUCAAGUACAUUUUCCAGUUCUUGCCACCUAAUGAUCAUUUUCAAACACUGCAUUUCCACUGUCUCACAAUAUCCUUCAAUCAAAAGACUAUAUCAUACACAAGGUGAUUCGCUGCAAAUUUGAAUUAAACAGUAAUCAAGCAUUAAAUUGAAUGCACAAUAAUCUGGUGAUACACUUAAUCACAUGAUAAUUCAAUGAUAGAUUGAACCAAAAGGAAAUCUGGUGAAAAAUGAAAUGACAUAGUUAACUGGUGAUGAAAUAAAUCACACAGUAAUCCAGUGAUGUAUUAAAUUGCAUGGUAACCCAGUGAUUAAUUAAAUCACACUGUCACUUAAUGAUAAAAUAAAUCAAACGAGAAUCUGGUGAUACAUGUAAUUCUUAAUAGACUUAAGAAUUUGUGAACAUUAUUAUUAUUUGUUCCAAGUAAUUAUAUAACAUAACAACACCUGUUCACUUUGAUUCUUCUACAUAGUUAAUUAAGCUGAACUGAUUAUAAUUAGGAAGCAAUCACAACAAGCCAGUAAUAUAUGUUUUCUGUUUAUUUAUUUAUAUGUGUCCCUGGCUUGUUGUUGUUGCUUCCGAAUUUGUAGUUUGCCACUUUACUCCAGUUGCCAUGCAUACCGAUAUGUAUCCAAGCAACAGAUAUAAGGAACUAAACUCUCCUUAAAAUAACGAUGUAGGCUCUAACCCAGUAUUUAUGAAUUGAUCAUGAUUAGAUGUACAUGUACUGUUGUAAAUGCCCUGAUCCUACCUCUUCACACAUAUCCUUUACUUAACAUUGAAUAUUACAUGUAACAUGGAAUCCGUUUACUACUUUAGCAUAAUGUAGAAAUUUGUACUGAUAUUUUUACUGCAGUAUAUGACAAAAAUACAGGAAAAGAUCAUUUGGCAAAUAUACAUUCCAGUAAUGUGUACAUUAGUCUGUGUUACGUUAAUGUUUACAGCGUAUUCUAAUGUACAGAUUGAAGUGGUUUUUGAUAACAUACCAAUAUUACCUUUAACUGUACAUCACUGUGUUGCUCAAUAGUUUAAUUGUCAUAAAGUAAGAUUUUUUGACGAGUAGAGUACGCUGCUCAAUAAACACAAAAUUUUACAGUGUUGAGAACUAGCUGCAGCAAGCAUCAUAUGUUUCCCAGUAAACAACAAACAUUUCCUCUAUAGAUAUUACUUGUAUGAAGAUAUUUUGAAUUAUCAUGUUAACAAUUUAGGUGAGAACUCAUUUUAUGUUAAUGCGAUAUUUCAAUGUUUAUUUUUAGAAAUUAUUACAUUAUGUUGUUUACACAGUAAUGAGCAUAUUAUCAUCAAUUAGAAAUUUUGUAACGGUUUGGAUUUCAUUCAAAAGAUAAAAGUUUCUAUAUCACCCUAUCAUUUAAAAAUUUCUUAAUAGAAAAAUGAAAAUGUUUUGUGUUAUUUUUGUGUUAAUUUCAUCUGUAGGUAUUUCAGCUAUUUCAUAGUUUGUUGGAAAUGUAUGUAACAUGGAAUGGUUUGUGAAUGACUGUAUUACUAUCUUACCUAUGCAACUUUCUGGUACUUAGAUGUACAUUGUCUCUGUGACUUCAUUUCACAGAUAACUCAUGUGUUGUGUUUAUAAUGCUUGUUAUAGUUAUUCAUGAUGACAAGUAUCCUGGAAACUUCUCACAAGUAUCCUAGGAACUUCUCUCGACAAGUGUCCCAGGAACUUCUCACUGCAAUUGUCUUAGGAAGUUCUCACGAAAGUAUCCCAGGAAGUUCUCACAACAAUUGUCUUAGGAGCUUCUCACACAUUUCCAUCACUGAAUGCAACUUUUAGAUAAAGAAUAAAACAAAUCAUAUUUAUAUGUUUUUGCUAAGUGCAGUAUAAAUGAUGUAUACAUAUAAUGGGUUUCCAUAUUCAAUAGUGGAUUACUACCAUUGUACACAUGAAUUAAUCUAAAAAAAUUAUUUUCUAUUUGGAAUAUUUAUUCUUACUUUCAUGCUUUCAUUAGAAUGAUGCAAAUAUUUUUUUAUUGCUAAAAAGCUUUUAAAUUAUAUAAACAUACACAUAGAUCAUGCAAGACAUAACAGAUAUGUGUAGGACUUGUCAAAGACAAAAAGUUUGGUUGAUUAAGGGUGUGCUUGUAUAUCUUCUUGAUAAUGUUUUUAUUAACAUGGCCAACCAUCUUCAUCAUCUGUCACAAUGACUUCAUAGCAGAGGGAAACAUUACAUCGCAUCUAUCUAUAUAUUCUCAAAAUUGAUAAGAAUUAUUGAAAAAUUAUCUCUGACUGAAACAGCUUUCAGGAAUAAUUAUAAUCCUAGCUGUUGAUACCUAGGUUUAAGCAUGUUUUCUGAUAUUGUUGAUUAUUGUUGAUGGACACUUGGGAAACAAAUCAGGACUGUUUACAUUAUAUGUUAGUUUGAAUUUUUCCAUGAUGUUAUUUCCAUUUUAGCAUCUCUGUAGCUUUUAACAUUAAAUAUGUAUGCCAGUAAAACAUCAUUUGUGCAAACUGUCACAAACAAACAAUACCUUAAUUCUAAACAUACAAGACCUUUAUUCUAAGCACACCUGACUUUUAUUCUAAACAUACAGGACCAUUGUUCUAAACAUACAAGACCUUAAUUCUAAGCACACCUGACCUUUAUUCUAAGCACACCUGACGUUUAUUCUAAACAUACAAGACCUUAAUUCUAAGCACACCUGACCUUUAUUCUAAGCACACCUGACGUUUAUUCUAAACAUACAAGACCUUAAUUCUAAGCACACCUGACCUUUAUUCUAAACAUACAAGACCUUAAUUCUAAGCACACCUGACUUUUAAUCUAAGCAGAAGAUACAUUAAUUCUAAAUAUUCAUGAUGUAAAUUCUUAACAUACAAGACCUUAAUUCUAAACAGACAUUAAUAUAAUCCUAAAAAAAAUAACCUAAACAGACAAUAACCUAAUCCUGAACAGACAAGACCCAACUCCCAAAAUGCAAUUAACAGUUGAUAGCCUGCCAGUGAAGGAAUAAGGUUUAACUUGAGCGAACUUUUGAGAUGAAUGUUGCUCUAUUGUUAACUUGAUAUUGGCUUAAUUUUUGUUUAACGUUCGGUUUGUUUCGUAUUUUUGUCUCCUUAAAAAGACAAGGAGCUUGUCAUGAUUAUUCGACACUUUUUUUAUCCGAAUUGUGUUUAGAUCCAGUGUUUAUAGUGGAUCUGCAUUAUUACUCACGGGGCCUUAUUGAUUGUAUCAACUUGAUGUCACGUGUGCCUUUCUCGAACUUGGUGUAAUCAAAUAUUGUAGGAAAACUUCACUUUGAUAUGUUGCUGAAAUGUAAUUUCAUAGUCUUUGUAAUGAUGUUAGGUUGAUUCACUAAAUUAAUUAAUAAAAAGCAGAAAUGGAA